AUGGCCGUCCCGGUCUUUUGCAACGUCUGCUUCUGUGAGCCCUGCAAGCCCACCCCACGGUUCAGCCUCACAAGCUGUGGCCAUGUUAUCUGUGAGAUCUGCCUCCAGAAAGGCAAAAAAGAUGAAUGUUUGAUAUGUAGAACUCCUUGUCGUACAUUAUUCCUUUCAAAACAGACAAAUCCUGAUAUUCAAUCACUGUUCAUGGGAAUAGAUACGUUAUGCAAGAAAUAUUCAAAAGAAAUAACACAGAUUUCAGAAUUUCAAGAAAAACAUCGUAAACAUUUAUUAGCAUAUCACAGACAAAAGACGGUAAAGUUGGAAGAAUCUCUCAAGAAAGUAACACAACAAAUGCAUCAGAUACAAUGUAUGAAACCUCCUGAACAAACGACACAACUACCAUUUUCCAAUACAAGUAGAAAUCCACUUUCCAUUCCUUCAAGAAAACAGAGUGGUUAUUCUUCAUGUUCUCUUCAUCCUAGUCAUUCUUCCACUUCUGAAAUAAUGGAGUCAAUGGAGAUUGAUCCUGUACCUUCACCAAUGAGGAAA